UUCUACCCUACCCAUUAUCCUUCUAAAACCCUUCUAUCGAUUCCCAAAUUCUAAGAAUACCAAAGUUAGAGAUGGCUGUGAUGUCUGAGCAACACCCAUCACCUGCCUUCGUAGAAACUGUGGAUGAGAUAAUGAGAAUCUACAAAUCAUUACCACGCAGACCCACCAUUGAUGAGGUUGAAGUAGCUAAAUCUGUUCUCAAAACUGUAAAUAGUGAAGAACAGAUGAAGCUUGAGGAAAUCUCCAGAGAACAGAUUCCCCAAGAUGUUCCAGAAGAGCUGUUUUCUCUGUUGCAGGAAGUGAAGAAGAACGCGAUCAUGUUGCAGAGUCAUGAGGAAAGGAGAGAGGCUCGUUACUUGGUUGAUCUGGACAAGAUGUUUCGUACUAUUGAUGAUCUCAUUCAAAGAGCUUCUGGAUUGGUUUCUGGAGAUACCCAGAAUAAAAAACCGUUUGAUUUGGGAAUUCCGGUUUCUGAAAGUGAAACAGUUGCUGUUAUCAGGGAUCAGAGCCUGAUCAAGAAGAAGGAACCUGAAGGAGCUGAAUCAAAUGUCUCAAAGGCUGGAUUCCUUGCAGGUGAAGGAGAUACAGAGAAAUUAAGUCUAAUGAAGGUUGCAGGCUUAAUUGAAACAUCAGCUAAAACUGGAGUUGUAGUUCUUGACCUUGGAGGAAAGUUAAUGGAUCAGGUUGAAUGGCUUCCAGUGUCAAUUGGGAAGUUAUUAGAUGUGACUGAAUUGAACUUAUCUGAGAACAGAAUCAUGGCUCUUCCAUCAAGCUUUGGUGGUCUCAAGGCAUUGACAAAGCUUGAUAUCCACUCAAACCAACUGGUAAACCUUCCUGAAUCAUUUGGGGAACUUGUCAACCUGACUGACCUAGACUUACAUGGAAACAGGUUAAGAUCUCUACCAGCUUCUUUCGGGAACUUGACAAAUCUUAUUGUUCUUGAUUUGAGUUCAAACAGCUUAACUGUAUUGCCACCAACACUGGGAAAUCUAACUCACUUGAAAAUAUUGAAUGUGGAAACAAAUGAACUCGAAGAACUCCCUUAUACAAUUGGGUCUUGUUCAUCACUUGUGGAGCUAAGAUUGGAUUUCAAUAAGCUAAAAGCACUUCCAGAAGCAAUUGGGAAACUUGAAUGCUUGGAGAUUCUUACAUUGCACUAUAACAAAAUCACAGGGUUACCUACAACUAUUGGUAAUCUUUCCAGUCUGAAGGAACUUGACAUCAGCUUCAAUGAAGUUUCAAAUAUACCUGAGAACUUGUGUUUUGCAACCAGACUUGUGAGGUUGAAAGUUGGGAAUAACUUUGCAGAUCUGACAGUUCUACCAAGGUCAAUUGGCAAUCUUGAAAUGCUUGAAGAAUUGGAUAUAAAUAACAACCAGAUUAGAUUCCUACCAGAAUCUUUCAGGUUCCUUUCAAAGUUAAGAGUUCUUCAUGCAGAAGGGACACCAUUAGAAGUGCCACCAAGACAAAUUAUUAAACUGGGGGCUCAGGAAGUUGUUCAGUACAUGGCUAAUCUAGUUGCAAUGAAGGAUGUCAAGACUCAGCCAAAGAAGAAGAAAAGCAUCUGGUCAUGGUUUUUCUCAUUAUUUCGGCGCUGACAAAAGAACCCACCAAGAUCAUGAAGGAAAGAAAGCUUGACUCUACAAUUUCUGCAAUUUUAAUUUGUACAGUAGGAGAUGUUUUUGUA